AUGAACAUCAUUCCAAAGAGAAUCAUACCCGCGAGUAGGCAGCUCAAUACUUACUUGAGACGGUUAAAUCAAGCCUGGCAGCGCCAUCCAACUAACUUGACCCCUCUUCACCCACCUCACAAGCGAGCCUUCUCCUCUAGCCACCCAAGCAAAAACAUGGCAACCAACACUCUCCCGAAAACAAUGCGAGCACUCUUCCAGCCAGAUCCCCAAUCCACCACCCUAAUCCUCUCCACCACGUCGCUCCCAGUCCCCAAACCAGAUGAGCACCUCAUCCGAGUACACACCGCAGCAAUCACCAACGGCGAACUCCUCUGGCCCAAAAACUUCGCCGUGGAUGUCCCCGGCAAAGAAACCACACCUCUCUAUGACAUGGCUGGUACCAUCAUCACUUCAGCAGUCGAUUCACCCUUCAAACCCGGCGACGAAAUCUACUCCCGAACAAGCUACAUGCAUACCGGUUCCGGUCGAGAAUAUACCGUCUGCCCAGCCGCCGAACUCGCUCUCCGUCCCAAAAGCAUCAGCUGGGCCGAGACAGCAACGGUAGGCAUGUCCGCCGAAACAGCAUACCAAGCGCUUUUCGUGCAAGCUGGCUUGAAACGGGAAGCGGGAAGCGGUGCGAAAGGGACAAGGAUUUAUAUCACUGCCGCAUCUGGUUCAGUUGGAUCAUGGGUUGUGCAGCUCGCGAAAUGGGCUGGUGCUGAAGUUGUUGCGUCUUGUUCCGCUGACAGUUUCGAACGUGUGAAAUCUCUCGGCGCAGACGAAGUCCUUGACUACCGUACCGUGGAUAUCAAAUUCUGGGCAUCCGAUCCAGCCAAGAAAGUCGACCUAGUCAUUGACUGUAUCGGACGAAAGUCUCUUGCUGAUACGUGGUAUGCUGUGAAGCCGGAGGGAACCAUCAUCAGUAUUUUCCAGCCGCCGGAGCAGCAGAAACCAGGAGAUCUUGAGGGAGAUGGGAAGGGCGUGAAGAAUUUCUUCUUUAUUCAGGAGCCGAUUGGGGAGCAUUUGAGGUUUGUGACGGAAAAUUGGGAGAGUGCGGGGUUCAAGGCUUCCUUGGACAGUGUCUAUCCACUUGAGAAGUUUGAUGAUGCGAUUAAGAGACUGGAGAGUGGAAAGACAAGGGGGAAGGUUGUGCUGGAUAUGGGUGUGGAGUGA